UAUUCUUCGUUUCGGCUGACAUCUUCCGGGUCGAAUGAAAGUUCGGCCGUGCCGCAUACACAAGAACCAACACCGGACCCCUGCAAAGGAGGAGUGCUGUCUGUGCUGCUGAACUCCUGCUGUGUGUGCAUGCAACAUGGCCAGUCUGCUACGUGUGAUUGCAGCUGGCUGUUCGGCCCCGGUUUUAAGUGGCGUGUCCUGUCUGAAACUGCAUAGUUCUCCAGCUAUUAAAACAACGUGCGUGCGAUUUUUCAGGACCCAUCACGCCCUCGGAAGAUGUGCCGCUCCAGGAAUUCCAUACAAGCAACUCACAGUUGGAGUCCCAAAAGAAAUUUUCCAGAAUGAGCGGCGUGUGGCGCUGUCUCCUGCUGGUGUUCAGGCGCUUAUCAAACAAGGCUUCAAUGUCGUUGUGGAGAGUGGUGCAGGAGAGCCCUCAAAGUUCCAAGACGAGCAGUACACCCAAGCUGGAGCUACAAUUAAAGACCUUAAAGAUGUAUUUGCCUCUGAUGUGUUGGUCAAGGUCCGAGCUCCUGUUUUCAACCCGGACUUGGGUAUCCAUGAAGUGGAGCUGAUGAAGGACGCGGCUACUUUGAUUAGCUUCAUCUACCCGGCUCAGAAUCCCGAGCUGAUGGACAUGCUGUCUCAGAAAAAAGCCACCGUCCUGGCUAUGGACCAGGUGCCACGAGUGACUAUCGCCCAAGGUUACGACGCCCUCAGCUCCAUGGCGAAUAUUGCAGGGUAUAAGGCUGUUGUGCUGGCAGCAAACAGCUUUGGUCGCUUUUUCACCGGACAAAUUACAGCAGCCGGGAAGGUGCCACCUGCCAAGGUACUUAUCAUCGGCGGUGGAGUGGCUGGACUAGCUGCAGCUGGCAGUGCCCGAGCCAUGGGAGCCAUAGUGCGAGGCUUUGACACAAGAGCUGAUGCUCUGGAUCAGUUCAAGUCUUUGGGUGCUGAGCCAUUGGAGGUGGACUUCAAGGAGUCUGGAGAGGGCCAAGGUGGCUAUGCCAAGGUCAUGUCAAAAGAGUUCAUCGAGGCUGAGAUGAAACUGUUUGCCAAACAGUGUCAGGAAGUCGAUAUUAUCAUCAGCACCGCGCUCAUUCCCGGUAAGCGGGCCCCCAUUCUUAUAACCAAGCCAAUGAUCGAGAGCAUGAAGGACGGCUCGGUGGUGGUGGACCUGGCCGCUGAGGCGGGAGGAAACAUUGAGACUACAGUACCCGGGGAGCUGUCUGUACACAAUGGCGUGACCCAUAUUGGCUAUACAGAUCUGCCCAGCCGCUUGCCCACACAGUCUAGCACGCUGUACUCUAACAACAUCACAAAGCUGGUGCGUGCCAUCAGUCCCGACAAGGACAACUUUUACCUCGACGUCAAGGACGCGUUUGACUUCGGGACCAUGGAUCACGUUGUCAGAGGUUCUAUUGUUAUGCAGAAUGGAAAGAACCUCUUCCCAGCUCCCCAGCCAAACAAUAUGCCUACCGCCGCUCCUCCGAAGCCCAAAUCUGUCAAGGAGCUGGAGGCCGAGAAGACCCAAAUCUCUCCCUUCAGGGCGACGCUAACAUCUGCUAGCAUGUACACUGGAGGGCUCGGAACAUUGUUGGGUUUGGGUCUCGCGGCUCCCAACGCGGCCUUCACACAGAUGGUCACCACCUUCGGCCUGGCGGGCAUUGUGGGAUACCACACCGUUUGGGGAGUUACCCCAGCACUUCACUCACCACUCAUGUCUGUGACCAAUGCCAUCUCAGGUCUGACUGCCGUUGGUGGUCUUGCCCUAAUGGGAGGUGGCUACACCCCAACAAGCACGGCAGAGACGCUGGCUGUGCUCGCUGCGUUCAUCUCCUCAGUCAACAUAGCUGGUGGUUUCCUGGUGACUCAGAAGAUGUUGGACAUGUUCAAGCGUCCCACCGAUCCCCCGGAGCAUAACUACCUCUAUCUGCUUCCGGCUGGUGUAUUUGUGGGUGGAUACGCUGCGGCCCUGCAUUCGGGAUACAACAUCGAACAGAUGAUGUACUUGGGGUCUGGGAUGUGCUGUGUCGGAGCCCUGGCUGGCCUCUCCAACCAAUCCACAGCCCGGCUGGGUAACACUUUGGGUAUGAUGGGAGUUGCCGGAGGUAUCGCUGCCACUCUGGGCGCACUCAAGCCAAGUCCCGAGCUCUUGACGCAGAUGAGCGCCGCCAUGGCCGUUGGCGGCACUGCCGGUCUGACCAUCGCUAAAAGAAUCCAGAUUACUGACCUGCCCCAGCUAGUGGCCGCUUUCCACAGCCUUGUUGGUUUGGCAGCUGUGCUAACCUGUGUGGCUGAAUACAUGGUGGAAUACCCUCACUUCGCUACGGACCCAGCAGCCAAUCUAACCAAGAUAGUGGCCUACCUUGGCACCUUCAUUGGUGGAGUCACUUUCAGUGGCUCUUUGGUGGCAUAUGGAAAACUGCAAGGUAUGCUAAACAGCGCUCCUCUGAUUCUCCCCGCCCGCCACGCCCUGAACGCCUCUCUGAUGGCCGGCAGCGUCGGCGGCAUGAUUCCCUACAUGCUCGACCCCAGCUACGUCACCGGCAUCACCUGCCUCGGUUCAGUGUCCGCUCUGUCUGCCGUCAUGGGAGUAACCUUAACGGCUGCCAUCGGGGGUGCAGACAUGCCGGUGGUAAUCACCGUGCUGAACAGCUACUCAGGCUGGGCCUUAUGCGCGGAGGGCUUCCUGCUCAACAACAAUCUCCUGACUAUUGUCGGGGCUCUCAUUGGAUCAUCCGGUGCCAUUCUGUCGUACAUCAUGUGUGUGGCCAUGAAUCGCUCGCUGGCGAAUGUGAUCCUUGGAGGCUACGGCACAUCUUCCACCGGUACUGGGAAACCAAUGGAGAUCACAGGGACCCACACUGAGGUCAACGUGGAUCAGACUGUGGACAUGAUUAAGGAGGCCCAGAGCAUCAUCAUCACGCCAGGUUACGGUCUUUGCGCUGCAAAGGCACAGUACCCCAUCGCCGAGUUGGUGAAGAAUCUCAAAGAUGCUGGCAAAGAAGUCCGGUUUGGUAUUCACCCCGUGGCUGGUCGUAUGCCCGGUCAGCUCAACGUGCUGUUGGCCGAAGCUGGCGUCCCUUACGACAUUGUCCUGGAGAUGGAGGAAAUUAACGAAGACUUCCCUGAGACCGAUCUCGUCCUGGUGAUCGGCGCCAAUGACACGGUGAACUCCGCCGCCCAAGAAGACCCUAACUCCAUCAUUGCCGGCAUGCCCGUCCUGGAGGUCUGGAAGGCCAAGCAGGUUGUGGUGAUGAAGCGCUCCCUGGGUGUAGGUUACGCCGCCGUGGACAACCCCAUCUUCUACAAGCCCAACACGGCCAUGUUGCUUGGCGACGCCAAGAAGACAUGCGACGCCCUGCAAGCCAAGGUGCGCGAAGCUCAGUGAGGUGUGCUGACUCAAUCUACCGUCUCCUAUCGAACCCCUUCAAACCCAGUUGCACAAAAAAAAAAGGGAAACGAUUAAGGGGUUCAGCAGCAUUAUGUCAUCUUAACGCGUUAAACCCUUACAAUAAGACAAAUGGCAGCGUUCAUUGUACACAUUUUUGUGCGGUUACAUGUCUAUAUAAUUUAGAUGAAGGAAGGCUUUACCAUUUACAUUGUGCAGAUUCACAAUAAUGCACAAGAAUGAGAAAUGUAGAUUAAUGACAUGUUAGAUGUGUGAAAUUACACCUAGGAAAUAGAUGUCAAAAUUCUCGUGUUUUUGUUUUCUUGAAGAAUAAGCAAGUUAAUGAUAUUUCAGACGAUUUCGCACCAACUGGCCUGCCAUUUUUUUCUCCCCGACAAUCUUUCAAAACAGUUUUGUAAACCCCCCUUCUUUUGCAGUUGUUUUUACUGUACCAAGAAGUUUUUGUAAAUGUUUUUAGAAACCAUAGUCCAUAAAAAAAGAAAUCUUCUCUGUUCAACAAAAAGAUGUAUCUACAAAUUCAUUUUUAUCUGAAAAACAAUUGGAAAAAUUUGUUCUUGGGAUAUAAACGUGACGUAUGUGACGGCUUGCAUUUUAAUGGGCAGUGGCGAGAUCCUCUGUUUAGAUAAUGCUGUGCACUCUUGUGGAUAAGCGUUUUUUUGUUUUUGACUAACGUGAAGCCAACAUUUAUAUCCGCCUCUUAAGGAAACUGACUUUGUUCAACAGGCCCCACCCACACAGUUAGCAUUCAUCACGUCAAGCUGUUACGUUGAAGCCCGACUUUAUGUCCACGUGCCCGAUUCGAUUAAUUAAUUGUAUGAUUCAAUUAACCCUACUUUAUUUAUGAGGCACUUUCUCAACAGCCACUGCUAUACAACUCAGUUUAUAGAACUCCCGAUUGGAUAUAAGCCAAAAAACCUAAUACAACGUGUUGUACAUAAACCCAAAAAAAUAGCUGUUCUUCAAAACGAAUUGCAAAUUUAUUGAGCUUAACUCAUUUGCUGCUAGGAUAGUCGUCAAUGGCCGUCAAUAAAUUCAAAAGAAAUACCACAAAACUGUCCUCGGGCAGUGAUUCUGUCAUGUACAACUAAAGAGUACCACACUUUGAGAAUCAAUGGUUCACGCAAGCUGAAGAUAUGUCAAUUGAUGGCAAAAAAUUUUGAAAUGUUUCAUAAAUGAAGCCUCGUUCCAAUGUUUGUCAUCAACGCUUAACACUGAGUACACCUGUGUGGAAAUAUGUAUAUUUUAUAGCGCUUGAUAUUAUUUUUUUUCCUGGUUUGAGGAACAAUAAGAGGGGUCGCUCCAUUUCAAGUCUUUUGUAAAUGUGCUGUAAGAAGACCUGCUGAUGUGUACUAACCCUUCCGCCGUGUUGACCACCGUUUCUCUCUACCUCUACCAAUAGCUUUUCCCAUCCGACCAAUCACACGUCAUUUCCAUACUUAAUUUCGGGACCCGUCAUCGUCUUUCGCGUGUCGUUGAACCAUCUGACCUCACUCAGUUUGUUGAAGCCUAGUUCAAGUUAGAAGUUACUGUACUUAUAUUAGUUUGGCAUGACAACGGAGUUAACGUUGCCGGCGGAACAUUUAAGUCGGCCUAAUAUUUGGAAGUUGUUACCCCAAAACUAAUACAAUUUUACAAAGGCGAUUUUCUAUGUGCGCUCUCUGCCCGUCCCCCGGAAAGUAUUUUUGUAAAAUAAUCCCAUUUGUGCAGCAGGAGCUAUUUCAGAUUUGAAGUUUAAAUGCACCAUGCUAGGGAAAUGUACUGUGAAUGUUCUUUUCCGCAUUUGUUUAUCAUGGCGCAUCAUCCCUAGUGAAUAAAGUUGUAUUUACACUAAAUUCUGGAU